AUAGAACACAGAGAUAAAAAGGGAUUUACUCCACUUAUUUUGGCAGCAACAGCAGGACAUCAAAAAGUGGUAGAAAUUCUUUUGAAUCAUGGAGCUGAUAUAGAAGCUCAAUCUGAACGUACUAAGGAUACACCUCUGUCUCUUGCCUGUAGUGGUGGUAGAUACGAAGUGGUAGAGCUUCUACUUAAUCGGGGUGCUAAUAAGGAGCAUCGUAAUGUUUCUGAUUACACACCCUUGAGUCUUGCAGCAUCCGGUGGUUAUGUUAAUAUAAUAAAGCUUCUCCUUAGUCAUGGUGCUGAAAUUAAUUCCCGAACUGGUUCGAAAUUAGGUAUUUCUCCACUCAUGCUUGCUGCUAUGAAUGGUCAUGUUGCGGCAGUGAAAUUAUUAUUAGAUAUGGGCAGUGAUAUAAAUGCUCAAAUUGAAACUAAUCGUAAUACGGCGCUAACAUUGGCAUGUUUCCAAGGAAGACAUGAAGUUGUUAGUCUUCUCCUCGAUCGAAAAGCUAACGUAGAACAUCGAGCUAAGACCGGCUUAACACCAUUGAUGGAAGCAGCUAGUGGAGGAUAUGUAGAAGUUGGGCGAGUUUUAUUAACUAAAGGAGCUGACGUUAAUGCUACUCCUGUUCCAUCAUCUCGCGAUACUGCUCUCACCAUUGCUGCUGAUAAAGGACACUGCCGUUUUGUAGAAUUAUUAUUGUCAAGAGGUACGCAAGUUGAAGUAAAAAACAAGAAGGGAAAUAGUCCAUUAUGGUUAGCGGCAAAUGGUGGGCAUUUAAAUGUUGUUGAUUUAUUGUACCAUGCUGGAGCAGAUAUCGAUUCACAAGACAAUCGAAAGGUUUCUUGUUUGAUGGCCGCUUUUCGUAAAGGACACAUUAAAGUUGUUAAAUGGAUGGUAAAUCAUGUUACUCAAUUUCCAAGUGAUCAAGAAAUGACAAGGUAUAUAGCUACUGUCAGUGACAAGGAGCUCCUAGAAAAAUGUCAAGAAUGUGUGAAAGUUAUUCGAGCAGCAAAAGAAACUCAAGCAGCAAAAGCAAAUAAAAAUGCAACGAUUUUAUUGGAAGAACUUGAUAUGGAGAAAACGAGAGAAGAAUCGAAAAAAGCAGCGGCUGCUCGUAGACGAGAGCGAAAGAAAAAAAAGAAACUUGAAAAAAAAGAAGAAAAACGAAAAUUACAUGAAGAAUACAAAAAAAAUGAAACAAAUUAUGAAGAUAAGGAAGAAAAUGGAAAGAAAUCUGGAGAUGAAGAAUGCGAUAGAGCGGAUGAUAGUGAACAUGAAACUGGAGAUAGUUGUGAAAGAAUGGAUAGUAUGCCAUCACCGGUUAAUAGAAGUCCAGAGGAUCCUUACAGAGAAGAGGGCGAUAGUGGAAUUGAUGCAAAUAGUCAAGGCAGUUGCAGUAGUAAUGAUGUCAAAGCUAGAGAGAAAAAGAAAGAAAAGAAGAAAAAGAAAACUAAUAAUUCUACUAAUAAUGAAAAAGACACGUCUCCUCAAAGAUCUCCAAAGUCUGUUGUUACGCAAAGUACUACUUUAUCACAAAAUUCUAUUACUCCUACUAAAUCUCAAAAUAAUGCGUCCGAAAAGAGAAUUAUAAAUAAUGCAUCUAAUACAGUAUCUGUAUCUGCGACUUCUAUUACAAUGAGUUCUAGGUCUUCGACUGUAAACUGUAAUGAACGAAAAUUGAAAAGUCAACUAGUGUUUGAAUCGUCGAGACAUCCUGCCGAUAGAGAAGACUUCGAAGCAACUGGUAAUGAAACGUAUGUGCCUGGUAAAGGCAAGAAAUCUUAUAAUAAUCAAUAUGAUGGCGAUGCAUUAAAUACUUCUGCAAAGACAAAUAAUACAACCAGUCCUAAGCAGGGUGGUAAACGCGAAGAAGGCUGGAAAGAAGUUGUACGAAAGGGACAAUCUGAUGAUUCUGGAAGAUUUAUGAAUUCACCAUUCCGUUCAAAAAAAGUAUCUGUUCCACCAAAUGCUAUUAGUCGAGUUAUUGGAAGAGGCGGAAGUAAUAUAAAUGCUAUUAGAGGUGCAACAGGAGCACAUAUUGAAGUUGAAAAACAAAGCAAAUGUCAGGGUGAACGAAUUAUUACCAUUAAAGGAUCAUCUGAUGCAACAAAACAAGCUCAUACAUUAAUAGCUGCUCUCAUUAAGGAUCCAGAUGUUGACAUACUGCAAAUGCUUCCAAAAUCGAAAUUGGCAGUUGUUACAACUUCUUCUUGGGAUAAAACAAUAUCUACUGUAGCUUCGAGUAAAGCAAAGUUGGGUCCUAUAAAUAAACCUCUAAGUCUAACGUCUAGUUCCAGUAGCACGCAAAUUAAUAAAUCUAAUUAUACAUCUGGAGUGUCUACCGUUAAUCAGUUAAUUCCACUUCGAUCAUCAUCUACUAUUAAACUUGCUGGAGCAUUUCCAACACCUUUACCACGUGCAACGGCACCUAGACUCGUAGCUGCAGCUGAAAAACGAGCCCAAGCUGUAGCAGCUCAAAUGGCUUCGUCAUCAAAUACAAAGACGACAAUGUCAUAUACGAGUGCAAUUAUGACUGCUGGGCGAGCAACUAAAAUUGUAACGACAAGUACUACGCAAACAUUUGCAGCGAAAUUAUCUGAAAUCACUGCCUCAACACAUACAUCUACUACCGUCAUGCAAUCCACUCAUACUACGGUAAACAAACAAAAAUCGUUGCAAGCAAAUACAGUGACUGUUGUAUCAGCUACAGCCGCGGCAAUGGCUCAGACUUCAUCUCAACAGUCUGCAGUCAAUACAUCGCCAAAACACUGCCGACCACUGCCUACUUUGUCUGCUCCACCAACUAUGGUUUCUCAUUACUCUGGAAAAUCUACUUAUUCUCCCGGCUCAAAUGCGGCGGUUUCGCCAGCAACAAGCACUGUGGUUGCAUACUGUUCGGAAAGUACUGUCACUUCAACUUGUUCAAACUCGUCAAUACGAGUUAGUCCAUCGCCCCCGAUAUCAUCACAGUGUCAACAGCAAUUACAGCAGCAACAACAACAACAGCAGCAGCAACAGCAGCAACAGCAACAGCAACAACAACAAGCACGUAGUUCGCCACCAAUUGCAUCGACAAUUCAAGAGCAACAGCAACAGCAGCAACAACAACAACAACAACAGACGAAUAAUACACCUCUUGAAUAUUCAUUGUUUAAUGAUACUUUUACUAAAGUUACGCAACAGUCAAUGUGGGGCGGCCGAGAAAAUGAAUCUCAAAAGGGUAUGAAUUUUGCAACUGUAGCUGGAGGUGGUGGAGUGUCCGUAAAUAUCUCGGGUUCAUCUUCAUCUAAAUUUAUUGACAACGUACCUCCUCAGGUAGAUGCUUCAAAAGCUCCUGGAUAUCGAGGAACAACAAUGUGUUCUCCCGUUUCAAGUAAAUCAAACAAUACAACUAACACGAAUGUGACUAGUAUAGGAAGUGGUGGCGUAUCAUCAAAUACAGGCCAUAAUCCUAUUCAACCACCGCAAUUUCAGUCAUCCGGAAAUUACAGCGAACAUCCUCUUUCAAAUAAACCACCUGGUAGUUUGGCAGUAGCACGACCGGUGAUUCCUCAACAAAAUAUAGAAAUGGGAGCAGCUAUGGGAGCACAAUUUAGUAGGCCAGUAUUUCAAGGAGAAUUGACGGGAACUCGUAAUACAACAACUCAUCAGCCGCAUGUGAUAGCCUCUACGUCACAACCAACGUUGGACGUAGGUUUAUUUAAAGGAAACAAUAUUGGUUAUGAACAUCCAAAUGUAAAUUCAAGUUUACUAAAGAUGGUACCGAAUGAAGGGCAAGGUCAUCCACUUUUACCUUUUCAUCCACAUAUGCAAAAUUUCACACAAACAAUUUCACCAUCUGCUUCGGUGAACACUACUGUCAGUAUGUCCAGAUUAAAUCCUAGAGCGCCUGAUUUUUCUAGUUCGCUACAUUUAAAUAGCAAACCUCAAGUGACAAUGUUUAAUGCGGGUUCGCCGGCGGCGGGAAUGCAUCCAAAUAUGUUUGCUACUGUACCACCACCCCCUCCGUCCGCGAUCCAAUCUAAUAAUCUAGCAAUGCUUGGAAAUUUUCCUUUGGGAAAAUAUCAAGCACCAUCUCGAGCCACUCCCGGAAAUACCGGAAUCUCAACCAAUGGACAAACUCGUUGGCCAUUUGCUCCGCCGCACAAUAAUUACCCGCCCCAUCAAGAUCCAAUGAUAAGCCAAAUUAGUUUCUCCAAUCAUUUGGCAAACAUAACCGCACAACCUGGAAGCAUCGAUUUAAUUACGAGCUUAGAAAAUGGUGGGUCACCAGCUAUAUCACCUUCUUCGCCAGCACAAGUAGCUCAGGAAAUGAAUCAGCUUAAAAUAGAGGACCGUAAGGUACCACGACCGAUCGGUACAGAAAGAGCAUGGAAAAAUUAUGCAACAGCAGGGAUGGGACCUGGUGGUGAUGCCGAUUCCAUCAAUUGGAUGUUAAACAAUGAAAAACUUGUUGGAUCUUGGGCAAGUUUAGCGCCAGGAAUAGAUAGGCAUCAAAUGUUUCGAUCUAAUGCUACUUAUAAUCGUAUAUCCAAUGUUGAUGCUGAAUUACAUCAAAUGAUGGAAUCUUCUUUUCAGGGUCACGUUGAUACUCAACAACAACCUUUUCCUAAUGGAAGCGCAACUACUUUGUCGCUAAUGCCAGGAUUAACGUUAUUGCCAGGACAAUUUGGAACGCCUACAUUGACAGAAAUUCCUCCGAAUGAAACAAAUAAAAUGGAUCCACCAGCAUGGGGAAUACCAGAUGCUGUGCAAGAUAAACAACAUCCGGCAUGGAAUAAAUGGACUCAUUAAAAAGAAAAAGAAAAAACAGGGAGAAAUUUUUGUGAAGGCGACUUCGCUUUCUUACCUGGAUGAUAUGAAAUAAAACCUGGAAUUCGAAGUAGUAAAUAGAUGUAACUGGAAUACGAA